AUGAAACGCGUGGCUAGUUCCGACGUCCCCGGAGUAGACGUGAACAUUGAUAUGCCAGCGCAGCCUCAAAAUGCACAAUCAGCAAAUCUCCUAUCCAGUCUCAAAGCUCCAGUCUCUCCUCCACAAAGGAAGCGGAAAAUACCACCCUCAGAUAUCGUUGAACCUCCUCAUAAGUCUUCAGCUCCAUCCAACAAUGAACACAGCCUUGCCGCCAUAGAGGCAGGUGAAGUCAAGGUUACAGACCAUCUAGAAAUAUUCUCUACGAAACUGCGUCAACAUACUCGCCCGGUCUCGGUAUCUCGAUCGAUACCCCGUCUUCCGAUCAAGAAAUGGGUCGAUUUAUACCAACGCAAUGAUCAUCCCGAAGGACGUCACUUCGUGAUUCACCAGCAUGACCACCCCGUUGCUGGUCCUCACUAUGACCUGCGCCUACAGUUUUCGAAAACAAGCUCUGUGAGCUGGUCAAUCAUGUAUGGGUUACCAGGUGACCCUAAUAGUCAGCGAAUAAACCGGAAUGCAACGGAGACUCGAAUCCAUUGUUUAUGGAACCAUCUCAUCGAGACCGCGUCAGCAAAGACGGGUAGUAUGAUUAUUUGGGAUACGGGAGAAUAUGAAGUCUUGCCGUAUGAUGCAGAUGCGUCUCUGCCGCAAACUGAUGAUUCGGCUUUGGAAGAUUCCGAUGAUGCAAAGUCACCAAGAGACUUGGUUUCUGAUAGUGUCAAACUUCAAGAGGCAUUUCGAAAUCGCAAAAUACGGCUUCGACUUCACGGGACACGUUUGCCACAGGACUACACUGUCAUACUGCGUAUGGAUAAAAGCACAGAUUAUGCAAGACCAAUCCGGAAUGGUCCCAAACGUCGCAGAAGGCCUGUCAAUUAUAUACGGACCACACCAAGGGCACCAUCUACAUCAGAUUCGGAUAUCGAAUAUCCAUCUAUUCGAGCACAUGAACCAACUUCGAAACAACCCGAAAAUGCAAAUGCAAAUGCAAAUGCAGCAACGAAUAAUAAUGAAGUCGAAUUCCAAAUUCGAAUAAACAAUGCCUAUCCCGGGUCCACAAAUACAAUCGGCUCGAUUCAUCAGCGUCGCUGGUAUCUCAGCCUGGACCGACAAAACUCUGGGUUCGAACCACGUCCAUUCAACGAGACUGGGGCACCGACAUCAAAGAAAAGACUUUGGACUCCAAUAGUCAGCCACGAUAGCGUACGCGGGUUUGACUCAUUUUGUGUGCGAGGUCCAGAUGUUGAGCGAAGUGUCGUGACGGGUCGUUUGGCAAAAGAUGUACUUGAUGACGAGAAAGUGGAAGGAUUUGUGCCCAGGCGAGGAUGGAGACCUGUUUUAAACUAG